AUGUAUCUGUCAGCAGUGGUAGUUCUGCUCCUGCUAGUAGAUUAUGCAGUCGCAGAUCCGAAAUGCGAUCCAUCCGCAUACAAGUUAUCAAUGAUUGCUGUUCAUGAGGGCAGUGAUGACGCCCUUGAACGAUUAAGGCAUUCAGCUGAGCGGCACUCCAUUGAUUUUACUGUUGUUGAUCUAGCAGCAGAAAAUGUGGCCAGGAAUAUUGAAAAUACUGAGAUUCGAAGUACGCGUUUUCGUCGACUUCUAACCGAAAUUGAUGCAUUGAAAGCAAGAAGCACUCACAUUUUGCUUGUCGAUGGAUUUGAUGCGAUUGUUACGGGCAAAGAAACAGAAAUACUGUGUCAGUAUCUUAGCGCUUGCACCAACUGCCAUGCUCUUCUGCCAUCGAAUCGAAUGGGAUCUAAGGAAAGGUGUCAAACCGUUUUUUUUUUGGUCUUUGAUUUUAAAUAG